AUGGGUGCCAAAAAGACCUCUGCCUCGGAAUCGGGCGAGCCUCUGCCCUUGUCAGCGAGUGACUUCCGAAUAUAUAACCGCAUGUCCGAGCAAAUGGAAGCAUUUAUCACUGACCUUGAAAUUCUGGUAAAGCAUAGCCAUUUCCGUUUGACCUGGAAUCAACUUUGGGAGGCCUGCGAAAGCAAGAAGAAGGGGGCGCUCUCAGCCAGGCAAAUGAUUAUGAUGGGUCUUCAGUUUUGCUCGCAGUUGGACUUUCAUCACUCCAUUGAAGAGCAGCAUAUUUUCCCUGUUUUGGCCAAAAAGAUGCCCGAGUUUCGGAAAGAGCUUGAGCUGUUAAGCCAGCACCGGCAGAUCCAUGCUGGGCUUGAGAAACUCGAGCAUUAUCUGGAGAAAUGCCGUUCCGGCGAGGAAGAUAUGCGCCGCGACGAAGUGAAGCGACUGAUGGAUGGGUUUGGAAAGGUUCUAUGGACCCACUUGGACCAAGAGGUCAAAACACUUGAAGCCGCCAACAUGCGGAAAUUUUGGUCGCUUGAUGAGAUGCGACGUCUCCCAAUGUAA